AUGAGCACGCUCUCGGUCGUGGGCUUGACCAAAAGGCUGCCGGACGAUACGGUGCUCUUUGAGAACUUGUCGUUCCAGCUCUCGCUGCGCUUCGAGACCUCUCCAUCGGUGCUAGUGGUUCGCGGACCCAGCGGCACCGGCAAGACAACGCUACUCAAGUGUCUGGCCCAGCUGGUCCCAUACGACAGCGGCGUGGUUUCGCUCGACGACCAACAACCGGACCAGCUCGGCAUUCCACGCUGGCGCUCGCUGAUUCAAUAUGUUCCCCAACGACCGCCAGUCUUUCCAGGAACGCCGCUGGAGUUUGUGGAGACCCUCUCUGGCUUUGCCUCGCAGAAGCCCAAGCGAAACUGCCUUGACCCCGUGACCAUUGGCGAAAGCUGGGACCUCUCACCAAGCGCCUGGUCCAAGCAAUGGUCCGAACUCUCUGGCGGAGAAAUCCAGCGUGUUGCUCUCGCAAUCGCAGUGUCGAGACAGCCGACGGUGCUGCUUCUGGAUGAGCCCACAUCGGCCUUGGAUGCUGCGACCUGCCAGAAGGUUGAGGCGACCCUCAAGAGCCAUACCUGCAUCUGGAUUACCCACGACCCAGCUCAGGAGGAGCGGGUUGCGACGGCCAGCCUGCUGCUGGAGCGCGGGCGCCCAAGCGAGUUCAUUCUCCACCAGCAAUGA